AUGAAUCGUCAUCGAGAAUUAAUAAUUGAAGCAUGGGAAAAACCAAGUCUCAAUACAUCAUUAGCUGAAAUAGCAUCAAUAUGUUUAAAUGAUUGAAUAUCGGUUGGUGCAUUAUCAAUGCUUGUACCUGUAUAUCAAUCAGAAAUAGCUACAAAAAAAAUUCGUGGACGUCUUGUAUCACUACAACAAUGGUCUAUAACAAUUGGUAUUGGAAUUAGUUUUUGGAUUAAUUAUAGUACAAAUAUAUAUUUUUUAGGUAGUAGUGCUGCAUGGCGUAUACCAUUAGCAUUACAAAUAGUACCAGCAUUAAUUCUUGCUAUAGGUAUUUUAUUUUUUCCAUUUUCAUCACGUUGGUUAAUGACUCAAAAUCAUGAUAAUGAAGCAUUAGGUAUUUUAAUAAAAAUACGUUCAUCAUCAUCAUCAAUUGAUGUACUUAAUGAAUAUAAUGAUAUUAAGAAUGAAAUUAAUUUUGAACGUAAACAAUCAAUUAAAUCUUAUUCACAAUUUUUUUAUCCACCAUUACGUCGUCGUUUAAUACUUGGUAUAACAACAAUACCAGCUAUUUUAUUUAUUGAUAAAUUAGGUCGACGUUUUAUAUUAAUUAGUGGUGCAAUACUUAUGGCUUUAUCAAUGUUAAUUAUAGGUGGAAAAAUGGGUAUAUAUGUUUAUACAUAUUUUAAUGAAACAAUUGGUACUAUUGAAGUUAUUAUAUCAAAUCGACAAGCAUCAUAUAUUAUUAUAAAUCAAGGAAAAGAUGCUUUAAAUACGAAAUCUUAUUCAAUUAAGUAA